AUGAGGCAAACACGGGGUGCGCUCGCGAGGCGGGACGGUGCGCGGCAGUCGUGUGGGGGAAGCCGAGAUGAAGGCGGUGUUCGCGGUCUCUCGUCUGUCAGACACUUCAAACGCAAGGCGCGCGCUUCGGCGGAGGAAACAAACGCUGCUUCUGUGCCUGUCAAAGCCCCUCUGACACCCCCUUCAUCAGGUGUGCGGCCUUUAAUCCACGCGCCGAUAAAUAAAUUAACGCGUGUGUGGAUUAAAGAGGAGGGGGGUCGGGACGGCGCCUCCUGCUGGUGGGGUGGAUAUUGGAAGUGA